AGGCGCAUAGUGCGUCGAUUUCCGGCCCGAUCGAAAACAUUGCGACUCAGUUAAAGUUAAAAGAAAGUGACGUGUAUAAACUUCGCGCGAUUCAGAUACUACGCGCGAUCAAACUAUUGAUAUAUUAAUUACACGUGUUUGUUUACAUGUGAUCGUCCUUCAUCGGCAACAGUAAGCACAAACGAUCUGAGAUUCAAUUAUUAAAAAAAUUAAGAACUCUCUCUGCGUGUGUGUGUGUGUGGAUAAUUUACUCGGAGGGAAAGGAUAUUGUGACUCCCGAUUAAACAAUGAAUGCUUGACAUGCGAUGCUCUUUCGCUGAGAAUAUCGAGGUUGAGGUAACAGAAAAGAAAGAGCCGAUGUGCAAAAUAUCGCGUCGUAAUCGGAAAUACGCAUACGCUUGUCGAGCGUGAAUCGUUUCAUUGACAAUAAGCGGCUUGUGCGGUAGUGUUGAUGGAACUAUUUACAAACGGUUCAUUCAAGUCUCGUGCAAUGAGUUCAUAAACGAACGCGAAGAGCGUAUCUGGUACAAAAGAAGUUUCGCGAGUUCGUCGUCUACGAACAAUCGCGUGAAUUUCAUUAAGAAAUUGAUCGCAAUUCAGGACUUUCUUCAAGAUAAAGCGAGACAACGAAUGAUCGGUGAGUGAGUGAGCAAAGUUGAUGGACGGAUCUUACGUUAAAAAAUAAUUAUUUGUGCAUAAAUUGUUUAAGGGAGACUUAAAACGCGUUUUCAGGAUUGUUGGAAGUUUUAUGAUAGAGAUAAUAAUUUUAGAAAAAUUGUUUGCGCGCAAGAGUGUCAUGGGAGCUUUCUCAGUACAUGUGUUGGUAUCAACAAUAGCAAACGGAGAUGAUACAUAAUGUAGAAACAAAUCAAUGAGCUUCCAAUGAUCUUCUCGCGACGCUAAAUCGUCGACUUUGUGAACGGAACGCGCGUGUAAUAUACUUUUUAACAAGAAUCUUGUUUAACGUCGGACGGUCGUGCUCAAGUUUUCUAUUAAAUAAACGCUGUGUUUGUGUCUGGGGAACGAUCCUACUCUUGGAAGUAUCUUAUACAUCAAGCGAGCUCGGUAACUUCAAGAGACAGUUUGAAAUCAGUCGCGUACAAGUUUGAAUCACGCUGGAAGAUACAAACAGCGAAUCUUUCAAAGAAACGUGUGGCUUCUUAUCGCCGUUUCAUCCGCAGCAUGACAGCCGAAGUUGCUUGCUUUAAUUCGAAGAAAUAAUACGAAAGCUUAAUUAUAAUAUUUCACUUUUGACGAAGAAAGAGAAAGUGCCUUGCUGCACGACCAUACUUCCAAUUCGUGGAAGUUCUUUACCUCAAGGAAUCCCGUAAUAACCACAACAUUCUCCUUCUACAUGUAAUCCGUAUUAAUGUUUACAUUUCUAUUAAACCUGAUAAGACCGGAUUACAUCAAUAUUCUCUUAAACUGGAACCGCAGCAAAACCGAUACAUCUCGUAUAAACCAAUUAUCCCCCCCAAUUAUCCCUCAAUUAUCCUCGACGUUCAUCAGCGAACUCGCUGCUGUCAAUAUCAGCUGUUUCACCACCGAUCGUGCGUCGCAGCUCGAUAGAAAUCACAAAUCGACGAUCUCACCAUCCGCGAGAGGUAGUUUGACAUAGGGACGACGAUCUCGUUGGCGGGAAUUGCUUUUGACGCGAUUGCUCGACUUCGUUCUUAGACUGGAGCUGUACCUGCCGUAUGCACCGCUGCCGGGGGGCGGCGGGAUCCUCCCGGCGGUGAGCGGCAGCGGUGCCACCGGCGGCUGUCGUCCGGUUCUGCUCGGCGGCGUCGACCUGUCGAUGUCGGCGGCGGUGCAGCCGCCGCCGGUCGCCGCGACGCUACCGACGGGCCCGAGCAUCCCGAUCGCGGCCCACAAUUCUCUUCAUCACACAUCCGGCGGCCUGGCCCUGCCGCUGGGGGCCGCGACGGGACCGCCGGUGAUGAUGCCGCGUCCACCGCCAGGCGCGAUGCCGCCGCUGGGACCCACGACUCUGCCGUCGGCUCAUCAGGAUCCCGAGGAUCUCGCCGACGCGGCCCCUAACCAGGACGUUCUGCUGGCGCUCCUCGCGAGGAACAAGAAUCUGGAAGAACGGAGGAUCAAAACACCAAGCCGUUUUACUAUCAAGGAAGAAUCCACGAUUCCAAAAUGCGGUGGAUGCCAGGAAGUUAUUUUGGACAAAUACGUUUUGAGGGUCCUCGAGAGAUGUUGGCACGCAAGAUGUCUCACGUGUCGGGAUUGUGGUGCCAGAUUGACGGACAAAUGUUUCGCGAGAAACGGCCACGUGUUCUGCAAAGAUGACUUCUUCAAGCGUUUCGGGACGAAAUGCGCGGGCUGCGGCCAAGGCUUGGCGCCUUCGCAGGUGGUCCGAAGGGCGCAGGAGUUGGUCUACCACCUGACGUGUUUCUCGUGCGCCCUUUGCUCCCGGCAACUGGACACCGGGGACGAGUUUUAUCUCAUGGAGGAUAGGAAACUCGUCUGCAAGCCCGAUUACGAGCAGGCCAAGGCGAAAGAACUGGCAGAUGGGGGAAGCAUAGACGGUGAUCAACCUAAUAAAAGGCCACGAACAACGAUCACGGCGAAACAGCUCGAAACUCUCAAGCUGGCAUACAACACCAGUCCGAAACCAGCGAGGCACGUGCGAGAACAGCUGUCUCAGGACACAGGCCUCGAUAUGCGCGUCGUUCAAGUCUGGUUUCAGAACAGGAGGGCAAAAGAGAAGAGGCUGAAGAAAGAUGCCGGUAGAACAAGAUGGUCUCAAUACUUCCGCAGUAUGAAGGGCGGUGCUGGCGGUCAUUCGCCUAGACAUGAUAAGCUCCUUGAUAAAGACGAGCUCAAGGUAGACUUGGACUCCACCUUUGGUCAUCAUGAUUUGAGCAAUGACAGCUACGGAACGGUGGUCAACAUGGGCCUGGACGAGGGCGCAAGUCCAGGCGGCGGUGGAAACGGGGCCGGGGGUGGACCGCCCCGUGGAUAUCUGGGAGCGACGACACCUCCGUAUCUCUCAACGUCCAGAUCGCCGUCCUUACCACCCCAGUUUCCGUACCCGCCAGACGCUGGUCUCUCGGUGUACACCACUCUCGGGGGACCGGGCGGCAUGGUGCCAGGACCAGCGUCGGAUCUGAGUAACGAGUCAAGCGGCGGUGGUGGUGGCGGAGGUGGCGGUAACAGCGGUGGCAAUAACAGCGGUGCCGGCGGUUAUCCCGAAUUUCCGCCGUCGCCGGAUUCCUGGCUUGGUGAGCCACCGCCCCCGCACGCGCACCAUCAUUCCCACUCCCAUUACGCCACAUAACCCGCCAAAACCGCGCGUCGCCAAAUACCGUAUAGAAUAACGUGCUGUCGGCGCGGGGCGUACGUCUAAAAUCGAUUACGCCGUCGUCGUCCUCGAGGAAAGUCGAAGAGAGAUCUCAUCUUCUGCGAUAUGUCCUCAAACGAAAAAUGGGAGAUAUUGUAAAUUUAAAAAAUCUCGGAUUUGAAUAUAUUGGAUUAAAGUCUGAAUCUAUUUUAGUGUCCUUAAUGGAUUUAUACAUGAAAGAUCUAAAAGCGAAAGUACGGUAAUUUCCAUUCUUCACUAAAUGUAAAGGAAUUUUUUAGUAACAUCAUUAUUAACAUUUUUCAUAUAUUUUUAUAGAUAUAUUUUGCGUUGCGUUCUAUACAGAUAAUAUAUAUCAUUUCAUCUUGAACAAAAUUCUUUUUUCAAUUAAAAACAGGAUUGUUUGUUUAAAAUAGAUUUGUACCUUUUCAUUUUUUAGAGACCUUAUUGCAAUAUAUUAAUUAUUGCAUAAUUAUA